AAUAAGUAAUUUUAAGUGAAAAUAAAAAAGAAAAUAAUAAAAAAACUGUUGAGAGUGUAAUGAUGAUUGAGAAUAAAAACAAUAUUUAAUUAAACAAAUAAGAAUAAUUAAAAUAAAGAGUGAAUAAUUAGUGUUUAUUUCGGAAGAUAGUAAAACUAUUUUUUUUUUUUUGGAAAAGAAAAAUACGGGGGACCGCCAUUACUUUUUUUUUAUGCUGAAUAGAUAAAAUAUUAUAACUUAACAUAUAAAAUCGAGGUAUACCUAUGGUAUUAUUCAUAAUAUUAUUAAAAAGAAGAUAUAAAUAUUUUAUGAAAAAUUCCUUAUUAAAUAAAUAUCAAUUGAAAGAAAGGGUCAAAUUAUUAAUAUUUAAAGAAAAUUAUUUAAAAAAGGCCUAGAAAAAAAAUAACAAAGGGCUUAAAAAAAAAACUAGUUUUAAAUUCCAAAACCGUUAAUAAAAUUAUUGAAAAAAAAAAAUACCUAAAAAUUAAAAUAACAGGUAACAAGGGAAUGUUAUUUUUUUUAGGUGAUUGGGGCAUGGGAGAAUCUGACUACAAGUCAUAUCGUCAGCAUGUUCCACAUAUAGAAACACAAAUACAACAUCAAAAUAAUUAUCAAGAAAAUUUUAUCAAUAGUUCACUUGGUAAUUCACAACAAGAUCAACAACAACAACAACACCAACAACUACGACAUGAUAAUCAAUCACAAUUCCAAAUAAAUCAACCAUCAUAUUCCUUAAAUUUACAACAACAAGAUCACCAGCCCACUGAAUUUAAUACAAUUGAAAAUGCGAUAGAUUCGCUUCAACAACAAAUUCUAAAAACCACCAGUAAUUCAACAGUUUUAAAAAAUAAUGACAGUAGUAAUUAUAAAAUUGGAUUAAAUGAAAAUAUAAGUGAAAUAAAAAAUAUAGAAAAUAAUGGAUACCCACCUACAACAGUUACAACAACAUCAACAACAAAUUUACAAAAAUCUUCUUUAAUAAAUGACAAAAAUCAAUAUAGUAAUUCAAUUAAUAUAAAUUUAAAUCAAUAUAAAUUUGAUGUAACAAAAAAUUCUCCACCUCGAAAAACAUCAUUUUGUAGACAAAAUGAUUUUCAAGGUUCAGAUUCAUCCAGUUUAAGUUUUGAUGGUGAUCAAGGAGUUGGUAGUAAUUACAUAAAUAAUUCAUUCGCAGUAUGUACAGAAACUAGUGAAUUACAUUUGAAUACAACAACUAAUACUACGAUAACUAAUAUUUCUAAGGAUUUUACUGAUGGAUGUGAUGAUGAGGUUGCUUUGCAUCCACUAUCAAAUCAGGUUGGUGGUCAUACACGUUUGAUGUUACUUAAUCAGAGUACAGUGGUUAAACCAUUAAAUUUACGUGAACUAGACUUUUAUCAGAACAUUCCACAAGAAGUUCAAAAAUUUGUUCCAAAAUAUAAAGGUGUUAUGCAGGCAACUACUAUGGGUGGUAUGAAAUUAGAGAAACGCUAUUCACCAAAUUUUCGCGAUGAACAUGUUAUAAAAAAAGUUAGUGUAUCUAAAAGAAGACGUGAAGAUGUAUUAAGAAUGAAAGUUCAUAAAAAUGGAAAUGCAGCAGAUGUAAUUAAGAGUAUUAAACAAAUUGACAAUUCCAAUAAACAAUAUUUUUUAAUGUUAGAAAAUAUAACUUCACAAUUUCGUAAUCCAUGUAUUUUGGAUUUAAAAAUGGGUACAAGACAACAUGGUGAUGAUGCAUCAGCUGAAAAAAGAUCAAAACAGAUGGCAAAAUGUGCAGCUAGUACCUCUGCUACAUUAGGUGUAAGAUUAUGUGGAAUGCAAGUUUAUCAAAUUGAUUUAGAUCAGUUUAUAAAGCGUGAUAAAUACUGGGGACGAGAAUUGAAUGAAGAUGGAUUUAAAAAUGCCUUACGAAAAUUCUUUUAUAAUGGUAUUAAAUUAAGAACAAAAAUCAUUAAUAAAGUGAUCCAAAAAUUAACACAAUUAAGAAAUGUUAUUGAGAAACAAUCAAGUUUCAGAUUUUAUUCAUGCUCACUUUUAAUUGUUUAUGAAGGUUAUGAAGAUUAUACGGAUACUUCGGCUCUUGUAGAUUUUGAAUGCGAUAAAAAUAGUGAAAAUAAUUUUGAAAUAAAUAGUAGUAUAAAACAAGAUAAACAAGUUUCACAUAAUAAACUUUUAGACCAGAAAGAAAAGAAUCUAGGUGUAUACCAAAAUCCGAAUACCUUGCAUUAUGACGCCGAUCAAUCAAAUGAUUCAACCGAAAUAAGUAUUUCUUUGAAUUCUCUUGACGAGUCGGCUAUUUAUUCUUCAAGAAAUUGCCUAAAACGUCCGAAAAAAUUCGACAUGAAUUUGACAGAAGAAAAAUCUAAUGACGUUUGUGAAAGAUUUACCAAAUGCGAAUGUCAGGACGAUGAAUUGGCGAAAACUGUUGCUGAUCAUACAACAGAUUCCCAAUCUAAAACAUUUGAACAACAUUUAUCAGCGCACACAUUCUUUCCAAUUUCUGAAGAGACAGUUUUUCUUGAUCCUGAACCACCUGUUCCAGAUAUUUUGGCAUCAAGUCCUCAGUCAGGAGAUUCAUGGAUGAAUUAUAGUAGCAAUAGCAGUGAUGACUACUCUGGCAUUUCAGAGCAUUUAAAAGCGGUAGCAUCUGGAAAGCAAACUUGCAACAAUAGUUCUGAUGAUAACAGUUCCGAUUUUGAAAAUAGUUUAUUGGAAGAUAGUGAAGAAAUUUUAAGUAAAUAUAACAGAUCAAACUCGUCACCACAAUCACCAAAAGACUUUAAUAAUAUAACACGAAGUGAUCCUGUAAUAAUUCAAAGACCGAAAGUUCAACAUCAAACAAUCGCUAAAAAUAAGAAAUUAUUAGAUUUUUGUAACACAACAAGUAUAAAAUCGGCCAUGAAAAGAGUAAGAAAUGAAAAAGAUGAUGAAGUAUCUUCGGAUGAUAAGAUCAAUUAUUCCUCAUCUGUAGCUAAAAAAUUGUCGAUAACAGCAAAUAUAAAAACCACAAUGGCAAAUUUAUCUGAAGAAUUGAAAGCUAAACUGGGAGAAAUUGGCGCUCAAACACCGCAAUUUAUUACGCCACCAUCUAAAGACUUAAGCGCACCAAUAAUUUUAUCUCAUGAAAAUACAUCAACAUCAAAGAAAUAUUUAAAAUCCAAUAAGAGUAACAUUAGUUGUGAUAGAUAUAAUGUAUGUUGUUGUGUUAAUAAUGAAAAUAUUAAUAAGAAUCUUAAUGAACGAUCUAAUGUCUCAUGUAAAUCUUCCAAAAAUAGUGAUAUAGUAAAUAAGCUUAGUAAUAAGAUUAAAGAUAAUAAUAGCUCUUGUAUUAAAAAUUUCAGUAUAACAAAUCCAAUAUAUAAUGAUAAUAAUGUGAGUAAAUCUGAAAGUAAUAGACGUUUUCCCCGUCCGUAUCGAAAGCAAUCAAAUUAUAGGACAACAGUCGCAUCAAGUUCUUGUUUAAAUUCUUGUAAUAUAAAAAAAAAUGAUAAUUGUUCACUGGUUGAUAUUAGAAUGAUAGAUUUUGCUCAUACAACUUUCAUGCACACAACAAAUUUAAAUGGUAGUCUAAUAUCACAAAAUAACACAGCAGUUCAUCAUGGUCCUGAUGGAGGAUUUCUAACCGGAAUUGAUAGUUUAAAUAGACUUCUGUCAGAAAUAGUAAAUGAAAACAAUAUCAAUUAAGUUUAAUUGCCUAUGAAAAAGAAAAAAUUGCAACAGGAUAAUUUUUUUUUGUGUCGUUUAUGAUGAAUCAUUCAAUUCCUUUUAUAAUAUUAGAUUAAUUUUAUUUUUGCUUACUUUUGUAUUAUUCUAGUGAGGUUUUUUAUAUUAUACUUUUGCUACUUUUAUUUUUAGAACUUGCUCAAGAUUAAGAAAUAUUUAAAAAAUUAACAUUAAAAUCAGUUCUCAAUUGAGAAUUUCAGAAAAUUUUCAAAAAAGUUCGACACUGAUUACCAUUUAGUAGGAAAAUUUUUGUCAUUUAGAAAAACACGUGUUAUUAUUUUAAUAAUGUAUAUAUAGGCUCUAUGACGGUGUUAUAAUAAUUUUGAAAAAGCUUGUUGUGCAAUUUAAUACUUCGCUAUUUAAAUUAUUGUUUGUUUCUUAUAUUGGUGCAGAUUAUUUUAAUCGUAUUGUAUACUUUUUAGCAGUUUGAAUUUUUUUUAUACAACAUAAUUCAAUGUAAAUUGAAAAUUUUGAAUAAUAAGGAGCAAAAAAAAAGGAAAUAUAAAAAACAUUUUGUUUAAUGUUUUAAUUCAAAAUGCUCCUAUUACUUACAGCAUUUUUAGUUUGAUAAACACAAAAAUAAAUAAGUGAAAAUAAUGGAAUUUAUGCCAAUCUUAAAAUUUUCUUCUGACUUUUGCAAUAAAUAAAAUUUGCAUUAGAAACUAAAUAAUAGACUGGUAUAAAAUUUUAAUAUUUCAUUUCUUAAAAAAACAAAAAAAAUUAUAAUUAACUUAAAACAGUUUGGAAAAGCUAAUCUUGGAAAAUUGAGGUUUUAUAUUAUGCCCUUAGUGCUAUGAGGUUUUAUAUAGCCCUUACUCUAUUUUAGAAUGCUUUUUUUUUUUUUUUUAAUUCACAAUAAAUUUUUGUGAAUAUAAUGUAAAUUGUCAUGAUUGUUAAGAAUUUUUAUGAAUGAAUGUGUAAUUUGUACAAAUGUGUAAAAUUAAAUAAUUUAUUUGUUAGAAAUUCUGUAAAUUAAAAGAAAAAAAUGUUAUUGUUUAUGAAUAGAA